AUGCUAGAGAACUUGCCGUGUGAGAUUCUGAUGCUGAUCGCAGAUUGGCUGUCAGCUACCACUCUACGCGUUCUCAGCCGAGUCUCGUCCAGAUUGUAUGCAGUUUUGGUUCCUCGCAUAUACCGUACCAUUUCAUUCUGUGCAGCAAGUGAAUGGGCGCUGAAUGUGUUGAAUGUCGACCCUUUCUUUCUCCGUUUCGGUCCUUCACGGGCCGCGGACUAUCUCCAGCACGUGCGGCACCUACAGAUCAAAGCUCCAUUCCACCUUGUUCGGUUUAACCGAUGUGCAUACUACAACAUAUUUCGUGCAGCGGGGCUGCCGGAGUCUCCGGCUACACUGGGAGCCUCGGACGAGGCGACGGCACAUCAGCAAUUCCUAGACGACGUGAAGGAUCAAUUGCAGCUGAUAUUCACCCACCUGAAGCCGAAUAGACUGAGCACGUUUGAAUGGCGCCUAGGGACAUGUGUUCCGGUGGGAGUUCUCGACAAGGAAGGCUAUCUCAGUCGGUACCAACAGCGCCUCACUCGUCUCUCACUCGUCACUGACGGUACCUGCCCUGAAACAUUGCACCGCUUGGAAGGAGUGUCUAGACUAUCCUGCCUGACGGCGUUUGAGUGGGAAGGACUCCAACAUCCGUCCGAGGUUGAUUUGUUACGACAGUGCAUCCGUCGGAACUGGCGCCGCCUGGAUCAUCUGUCCAUCGGCUUCGUUCCAUCAGCUUUUGCCCGUGCUCUGUGCUGGGAGAGCCUUGGGCUUCAGCAAUCGGAGCUCGGGGUCGGGAAUAUAGGUACCGGUGAGACAAGGAACGGGGAUACAGGGAUCGGGAAUCUGACAGCUCUUCCCGCUCUGUCCACAUUAUCACUUUCAAAGGUGACCCUGCCUCCAGAUAUCUCAUCAGAGCGCGAUGCGAUAUUCUAUUCCCUGCGAGCGCUCACGCUGCGCGACUGCCCGAAUCAGCUGCGUCUCGUGCAAUUACUGUCGCGGUCACAAAAGCCGCUCCGACUAACGCAUUUUGAAUUUUCUUUCGAUUACCUGCUGCACGAACCGGGUGAAGGACGUAGCCUAUCUGCUGUUGUGCGGUUCUUAUGUUCGUUUCGUGGGCUACAGCAUCUAUACCUGAGGUUGUCCAACUUCCCGGCGUCAAAAUCUCACAUCCAGGAUGCCAUCCGACAUCACCAGUCUACGUUGAAAAGCCUCGUCUACCAUGAGCGCCAACUCGCUCCCAUCGAUGCCGAUGGCUUAUUUGAGGAUGAUCGUGAUGUGUCACCCGCGUGGGUAACAAACUUGUCUGCCAUUGUAGACCUGGGCCAGGUGUCUGCUCUGGGUCUGUGUGCUAGUCCAUCUGCAGCUCGUCUGUGCCUUCGACCCACGGCCAAGCAUUCCCAGCUUCAGAUUCUACAUCUGCGGUUCAGCGGCCUCGAUCGAAUCCACCGAGACAUCCCACGAGAGAUUACCACCUUUCUACAUGAGACGCGCAAAGGGUACUCACGGCAUCCUCGUUCGUGCUGGGGUUCUGUGAACCGGAAUGCCUCCAAUGAUAACUACAACUACGGUCCUAUUUUCGAUGAGUACUUUGACAGGUCACAAUUCGAGUAUAUGGACCCGCAGCAGGCAGUCCUUGCGUCUUCCGCAGCGAUUGCAGAGGCCGAGGAUCUCGUGUCGUUUGCUGAAUGGGCAUUCGGCCCCCACGGACUGCCGGCUCUGCAGGUCCUC